AUGUUGGGACACACGCCCAGGACCAACGGCGAGCUCAUGUCGGACGACCUCGUGGACCCGGGCCCAGUGCUGCUCGAUGCCGGCCGGCGAGGACAUGAACAAACUACUGACGGCGAGACGGGCGCCGCAGAAGGCGUUUGCGGAGGUCAACACGUCGAAUGCGGUGAAGGUCGCACCGUGAGGAGCAAAGGGCGCACCCAGCGAAACUUCCAGCCGGGUGAAGUUGUCUUCGUGUGGCGGUCGUGGCAAUCGCAGGGAGUCCUCAAGCCGGGCUGGGUCGGUCCCGCAGUGGUGCUCAUGCCGAUGCCUGAGGGGCCCAACGUAUGUGAACGUUCAGGGGCGAAUCUGGAAGGUGUCGAACGAGCAUCUUCGGCUGGGGACUUCAGAAGAGAUACGCGGCAUAGAGGCAGUGCUUUCGUGAUCUUCAACAGCGCCAAGGUGAUCGAGGACCACACGAGCGGCCCUGUGCCGGAUGAUGUGGUGGCGAGGAGGCUUGAGCCCAAUGUCGAACCGAACGUGGAGGAGGAAGGCCUUUUCCGGUACCUCCAAUUCCUAUUGCGGCAGAUCUCUCUAUCCUCGGAGCCAGAACGUGAAGUGGCACACCACAAGCAUCCGGGAAUCGCAGAGUCUGGAGAGCAGCGUUUUUCUGAUCAGCUGCGAGCAGCUAUGGAUUCAGCCUACAAGAACGAUAUCCUUGACGACGCUUUGCCUAGACGGAAGGCACGUGUGCAGCAGGAGGGUCAAUCUCGGCCAAUGCGAGAGAAGGAGGAUCAGAAGAUCUACUUUGCCCAGGACACCUUCUUUGAGGAGGAAACCCUCGACGAGUUUGUGGCCGAUUUCCGGAGGACGCCGCCUCAGCAAUGCAAGCGAACCGAGAUCAUUGGGAGCUACUGCCAGGAGCCGGAAUACUUCGGCGCCACCGUGUCAAGUGGAGGUGGCGACCAGGACUCGGAGGAGGACGACUGGAGGGCCAUGCGGCCGUCCAAGAAGGCAGCUGGAAAGUGGAAAGGCCACACCGACUUCUUCCUCACGAAGCAGACGGCGAAGAACGUACUCGAGCACCAGGUGCGCGAGAACAGCAUUCCGCCGGACGAGUGGGAAGGCUGGAGGCAAACAGACGCCGAGGAGAGGGCGAAGAUCCAAGUGAGUGGGGCAGUGCGAGUUCUCAGCGCCGAGGAGUCCAAGAAAGUGAUCGCACAGCUCUCGAUGGAGGGCAAGGAGGACCGCAUUAUGAGUUCCCGCCUUGUUCGCAGAAACAAGCCCUCCGAGCAACCGAAUGAGCCAGCCCAGAAGAAGAGUCGACUGGUCAUCCGUGGCUUCGAAGAUCCAGACGCUUGCGGCCUGGAUCGGUGUCUCGAAGAGGGUCAAAUCAUGGAGAUCCUGCACGGCCUUUCUGACGGAAGAUCUACAGUCCGCCAGUCUCGCCUCGAUCCCUGUGUGUUCGUGCUGUACAUUGGCGGGGUCAUCAACGGCGUGAUAGUGGUAGAAGUCGACGACCUACUGUGUUUCGGGCUGAAGGAAGAGGAGCUUCGACUUCAGAAACUUCGUGAAAAGUUUGCCUUUGGAAAGUUUCUUUGGCUUCAAGACCUGCCGCAAGGCAUUUCCUAUACUUCCUUCAACGGGCGCAUUCGCCACGAGAAGGACUACUACUCUCUGAAGGUCGACAUGUGCAAGUUCGUCACGGAGAGCAUGAGUGAAGUGCGACUUGAGCGAGGUCGACGGUCGCAACCUGAAGCUGAAGCGACUGCCAAAGAGAAGCGAAACACCAGGGCCGCAAUCGGCUCAUUGGCUUGGGCGGCCAAAGAGGGCAGGCCUGAUGCAGCUGCCGGGGCAAGCAUCCUGGCCUCGAAGAUAGCGAAGCUGAAGGUCCGGCUGUGGGGUCAGACGGCCAAGUGUGCCCUUCUCUGGUGGAAAAGUGCCAAGCUCAGGCGCAAGGUUCCUUCCACGUUGGCGGCGGAGACUCAAACUCUAAACCGUGGCUUGGGAGAGCUGUUGUGGACGAAGGCAUUGUGGCAAAACUUCCUGGAUGAAGAUUUUGAUCUCCAGAUGUUCAUGGCGUCGAUCAAGAAGCAGGCUGACCUUGUUUUACAGAAGGCAGAUGCAGAUCGCCUCCUCCGUGAGAGCUUGAGCAUAGCGGAUGCCAAGAGCGUCUACGACAACGUGGUGGCGAUAGCACGUGAGCGAAAGGAUGGACUGGGCGCCCAGAUGAAAUGGGUCGAACAUCAGUCCAUGGUGGUGGAUGCUCUUACGAAAGUAGGAGCAAAUCCACAGGCCCUUCAUCGCCUGCUUGACUCGGGGCACUACCGCGUGGUGGCAGAGCACGACCAGCUCGACGAACGAUGCCACCGGGAAUGUAAAGCCUCGUUGAGUCACCGAAGCCUAAAGAGAAUUUUGGGAGCGGACAAACAUGUGCCAGUUCCGUAG